AAAUGUUAACCAAAAAAAAAAAAAAAAUCACCUGUUAUUUUGCCCUUUAGCUUCUUGUUCGAAAAUGGCAAGUACUGAAACAUUCAACAGUUGGGACAUUCAAAAGCCUACAGAAGCUCAAAUUAAAUCCAGCCGGAGGGGUCAUGGUGCAUUUUAGGUUCUUUCUGAAAUGGCAUCUCAAAGCCCAAUAUCCCAAACUUUUUUAUGAGUAAAACUGUGACAUCGCUUCCUGCCUGUCCUCUCUGGUUACAAGUGUGUGUGUGUGUUUGUCUUGUGUGUUCUUAUUCACAGUCACUGACAUGGUUGUGGCCUGGAUCACAGUCAUGGAGGGUAACGGAAGCAGGCUAAUUUCAAACCUCUAGUUAGCUUGAAUAGCAUGUUAGCACUCCUCAAAUAUGGCUGUGUGACUGAGUCAUGGAGGGUAAUGGAAGCAGGCUAAUUUCAAACCUCUAGUUAGCUUGAAUAGCAUGUUAGCACUCCUCAAAUAUGGCUGUGUGACUGACAAACGCUUGUCACCUUUUUGUAGUUCAUUUCAGGCUUGUUUCUUCAUAGCUUGUUACUGGAUUGAUUGACUUUCUUAACACUGUUUCUUUUUUUUAAAGGUCUUUCACGGGUACCCAAAUUUCCGGAACUUUUUGGUGGCGCCAUGUGCCCCAACAGCAGUUCACUGCAGGAGGUCCGCAACUGCAACGAGCAUGCGUGCACCGUGUACCACUGGCAGACAGGUCCAUGGGGGCCUUGCUCCGAGGACCCCUCCUCCGCGACCCUCAACGCCACCUCGGAGGGUGCGGCCGUGGGCCUUGGCAGCUGCUCCAACGGGGUCCAGACGAGAAAAGUCAUGUGUGUGCGUGUCAACGUGGGACAGGUGCCCCCUAAGAAGUGCCCAGACGCUCCUCGGCCCAGCACAGUGCGUCCGUGUCAGCUGCCCUGCAAGAAAGAUUGCAUCAUGACCCCUUUCAGUGAGUGGACAUCCUGCCCCGAUGCCUGUGAUGCAG